CCUGCCUUCCUCGAUUGCCGGGAGUUGUAGUCUCCGAAGGGCUUGGGCGGCGAAGUGGAGGCAGCCGCGUCGGGAAGUGAAGCUCGCGAGGGGCUUACAAGUGUCAUGGACAAGCUGAAGCGGGUUCUCAACGGGAAGGACGCCGAGGAGCCGGGGCCACUGGCGGAGGUGAUUGAUGCAUCUUCCUUAAGCUGGAGUACGAGACUGAAAGGCUUUAUAGCUUGUUUUGCUAUUGGAGUUCUGUGCUCCAUUCUGGGUACUUGUUUGCUAUGGGUUCCCAGGAAAGGGCUAAUCUUGUUUGCAGUAUUUUACACACUGGGGAAUAUUGCAUCUCUUGGAAGCACUGUCUUUCUUAUGGGACCAAUGAAACAGUUGAAAAGAAUGUUUGAACCUACUCGUUUGAUAGCUACAGCUGUUAUGCUUUUAUGCCUCAUAUUAACUCUUUGCGCAGCCUUUUGGUGGCACAAUAAGGGACUUGCCCUCAUCUUCUGCAUUUUGCAGUUCUUCGCCUUAGGAUGGUACAGCAUUUCCUUCAUACCAUAUGCAAGGGAUGCUGUGAAGAAGUGUGUCACUGUGUGUAUCACAUAACAGAGACUCAAACAACUUGGCCAGCAAGAUAAGCACCAUCUCCUUACACUGAAAUGUGACCUUGAGGACUAGAAGGUUUGCACAGUCAUAUGGCAUUUGCAUCUGCACACACCUUCCUAGGGGCAAGGCUAUUAAUCUUGCUAAGUGAACCUGUGAAUCACUGGACAAAGCUACAAAGUAUUCUCCCAAGGGUAAUGAGUUUUGUGAUAAGAAGCCCAAAGAGCAACAAAACAUUCAUUUCACUCGCUUAGCUAAGCCGUUGUAUGUGUUUGGUGCAAUAUUGUCAACUUCAGAUUUUGUUGUUUUGCUGGUGAAAAUGAUAUUAUGGUAAUUGCAAAGUAGGUGGGAUUUAAAUUUACUAGUCACACAUUCUUAAUUUACAGGGUCCAAAGAACAGCUUACACAUUGGCUACUGUGGCCUUAUAGAAAAGAGAUUGAUUUUCAGAGUUCAUUUCUUGGGUCCUUUUUGUCUCCUACAAUCGUGUAAGGGAACUUAGAGGAGCUGCCUUCUAAUUGAACAGCAAGCAUGAUUCCUUAUUGUAAUAUAACCGAGACAUUGAUUCAUUGUCCAACCAGCAACAGAAGCAGCAUGAGCAAAUAUACUAGUGGGAAUCAUGAAAGCAAGCAAGUGCCCUUCCAUUUCUGCAAGCAGUUUACUGCCUACGUUUUAUGGUCUCUUUAAGACUGGGAUCUGAAGUAACAUCAAGACCUCUGCCUUAGCGCUAACAUUGCCUUAUGAAUUAUUUGCCACUCUUGCUGCUUCGGUUUUACUAGAUUCCCACCCACAUCCAUCUAAAAUAAGACUUUGUACAGCUCUCCCAACUGUGGAGAGGAGGAACAUCUCAAUUUUUCAAACUCCCUUUCCCCCAUUUAAUAUUGCUGUUUUGAUUUCUGUUUACAUUGUUUACAUUGAUUGCUUUCAGUUGGAGGGACUUGUAUUCAUGACAUUCUGGCUUCCUAAUAGGAUAUUAUCAUGUAAUGAUUGGAGCAAACACCUCUAGGCAUCGGAAAUCUUUGCUGCAUUCCUCUUCUUGAACUGGGGCCAUUAGCUUUUUUGUCUCCAUGUAAGAAGGAAUGAAGGGUAUUCUCCCCUCCAAAGAAAUACUGUACAGUUAUUCAAGCAUAAUUUGUUGUUUUUUAAUGCUAUCCUAAAGCUUGUGUCUUAGAAUUGUCAAUAGAGCAUUUUGGGAAACCUUGAAGCUGCAGGUGUUUGUUUGCAAAAGAAAAGAGCCUUUGAACAAAUUCUUUGCUGUAGUGGCUUUUGGGACUGACCGUCUUAAUCUAGUAUACCUCCUAUUCUGUUUUCUCCCAUCAUUGGGCAGAGACUAGCACUUGUGUAUCUCAGUACAGAAAUUUCAUUGAACAACUCUGGAGUACCAGAAUUCACCCUGAUCUUGUCUAAAACUCUCUCUAUAGCUUUUUCAUAGGAUAUCAUUGGCUAUUUAUAACCUGGAUUUUUAGGAAGCUUAGUUGUACUAUGCAGCUUUGCCAAGCAAGCACAUUUAGAGAUUUGCAAAAUUAGGUAUUUAUGAGGAUUUUAUUACUAUUUUUAGAUUCUAGAACUGCAGCUCUGAUGUCAGUAAGCUAUAAAAACGGAAGUCUGUGAAAUUUCUUGGUUUGAGUAGUCCACCAAUUUACAAUGUGCAAGUGGAAAAUUGCAGCCUUGAUUUAUAAGUCAUGUAGGCAAAGGGUGUUAACGAAUAGGCACGGGGUUGCCAGUCAGACCCUAAGACAGCUAUUGUUGCACAGAAGGCAGAAUUUCAUCUGGUGUGGCUUUUCUCACUGCAAUGAGCAAAGGAGCCAGGUAGAAUUUUCUUAAGAGACAGGGAUCCUUCAGCAUCUGGGCUUGGUAGCUCAAUACUGGAGAAGUACUUGCACAGGGAAGUCAUUGCUGAGAAGUGGCAGGGGACUACUCUGCCCUUCAUCUACUUUUCUCAGAGUUUGGAGGGUCUGGUUUUUCUGUACAGGGGAGUCAUAAAUCCUAUUGGGUCUUUUAAAAAUACCAGCUCUGAUCUUCUUACCAGCUUGCUUUUUUAGGCUGGAGACAGACAGUAGGUCUGUUCCCCCUACCCCCAAAAGUGUAGAAGGCAAUGUGCACAUCACAAGCUGGAACCUUUGUUUCACAUUUUCCCCACAUUCACCUCUGGUAAAAUGGUGCUUUUGCAUUCUUUAAAAUUCUCAAAACUUCCUUGAUUUAGAGGGUCUACACCCCCAAUUGCAGAUGCUGCAGAGCAUACAAUUGUAAAGUAGGUUUCCCCCCAGAUGUUAAGUGCCAUGCUAGUGUAGUGCUGGCACUCGCAAAUCUUGAGCAGUUUUGUCAAGUUUCCUUGCUGUAGUAAUAGGUUUACUUUGUGGGGAGAAAAUUCCUUUUUCAGAAAUCCAUUUAUUAAAUUUGGAUUAUUAGUGCACUUGGUUUCAGUUUGGAAAGGGGUAGGAUCAUUAGUUCUAUAUUUAGCACAUUGAAACACAUAAGCCCUCAGUGCUGCAUCUCUUCUAAAGCAGCUACUCUUAAAAUAUUGUAAUAUUUAAUUAUGGAAUGCAUUUCAGAUAUUCGUACCGAUACUUUCUAGCUGUAAUUUUUCUACUUAAAAUCUGUCUUUGAGUACCUUUCUGAUAUUGACACUGCUGCUGCAUUUAUAUUAAAGAUUUGGGCUUUUAUUCAAAUGUUAAAAUCAAUGUUAUGAUUUGAAUAUUUGUCAUGAUUUGAAUACAUAUUUUUAACUAAUUCAGUCUGAUUUUAAGUCACUUGAUAACAUUGGACUUAGUUAAAAAUAUUCAAAUCAUGACAUUGAUUUUUAGUUACUGGGACCUUUGCUAAAUGUGGAUUAUGGUGGUAAGACAUAGCUGUCACUAUCUUUGUACAUUUUUAUUUCCCGGGACCUUAAAAUCACCUGUAAACUGAAUUUUAAAUUUCUGCUGUAGUUACCCUUUGGGUUCUGGUAUAAAGCAUUUUUUCACAUUAUGGAAAUGAUUUAGUUCCUUCUUAUUCUUGUCCUAGAUGUAUAUGGUCACUUUCUCAAAUUAAUCAGUAGCUUGUUCACACUUGUUACAACACUAUUUUAGAUGAACCCAGUCUUGGCCUUAACUACAAAUAUGUCAGUGUCAUAGCUUAAGGCCUUUCAGCUACUAAAUAUAAGGUGGCUUCUUUAAGAUAUACUUUUUUGGAAAACAAAAAAGUGCCUACCUGCACCAUGCAAUAUGACUGCAUUAAUGGAGACUUUUGUAAUAAGGUUUGAUUGUUUAAAAAGCUUGAAUAGAUGUUCCAUUUUUGUACACUUUUCUUGUUGGCUUUUGUAUUGUACCUUUUGUAUAUGCUGGUCUUUUUUCUGCCUUAAGAAAUGAAAUACUACUUUGGACAUACUCUUACUGCACUAUCUCUUCUGUAAUAAAGCUGGUUUCUCAACA